UCCGAGCUCCCAGGCAUCCUCACGUCCCAUACAGGCUUAGAGAGACUGCUAGCUGGACAUGGCUCUGCACAUAUUAUUUCUGCAAAUAUGUGUUGGUAUCCUGGCAUUGCCAAUACACAUCCUCGCUUUCCUAGGACUUUGGAGCUCGAUAGUCAAGAAAGCACUUCCUUACUUACUGGAAAAGAUGACUAAGUCUAUAAACACUCGCAUGGGGGAACAAAAGAGAGACCUCUUCAGCCACUUGAAAGACUUUAAACCCCCCUCUGGAGAGCUCAGGGUCCUGGAAAUCGGUUGUGGUACAGGGGCUAACUUCCAGUUUUACCCUCCAGGAUGCAAAGUGACUCUUGUGGACCCUAAUCCUAAUUUUAAGACAUUUUUGUCAAAGAGUCUGAGUGAAAACGACCAUGUGAAAUUCGACAGCUUCCUUGUCGCCAGUGGAGAGGACAUGUCCCAGGUGGCCAGUGGCUCGCAAGAUGUGGUGAUCUGUACCUUGGUCCUCUGCUCUGUACACAAUAUUGAUAAGGUGUUAGCAGAAGUUAAGAGAGUCCUGAAACCGGCUGGAGGAUUCUUUUUCCUGGAGCAUGUUCGAGGAGAUCGUUCCUCCUGGAUCUAUUUUUUUCAACAAAUCCUGGACCCAACAUGGAUAUAUAUAGGAGAUGGCUGUAGACUUACACAUGAAACAUGGAAAAAUUUGGAAAAUGCCAAUUUUUCAGAAGUUAAACUGCGGCACAUCAAAGCUCCUUUUAAGUGGAGUCCAGUACAGUCCCAUAUAAUUGGCUAUGCUGUAAAAUAACUUUUUAUAUAGUAUAAGUUGUAAAAUGCUACUAAUUUUUAGAGCAAACAUUCAAAAAUAUUGUUGAUAGUCUGUGAACACUACUGAAUUACUUUUUAUUUAUAUUUUAUUUUAAUGUAAUGGGGUCUGCCAACACACAUUAUUAAGUUUCAAAUUAAAUAAAACCAAAAUGGUAUAUCUAUUCUUUGUUGAAGACAAUGAUGCACUAGUUCUAUUAGAAAAAGUUUGAUCAUUAAACUCUGGCGUAUAGUCCUUGUAGAAUUAAACCCUGGUGUAGUCCCUAGGAGCCACAUACUUAAGGCCAGAAUUAAGACUCGACAUUUUAUCCAUUCAUGUUUAGGUUGAGAAUUGUUCACUAUGGAACACCUGACAUUCUCAGCUUUACCAUACUGAAGUUAUGGUUCAGGAUUUGCACAUAACUGCAGAUGUCUUGAUGAGAGGAUCAUGUACAUUUUCAGCACAUUGCGUGUUGUAACCUCAGCUGGUUCCCCUAUUUACCACUGUAACGUCUUACAGCAUAGAAUUUAGCAAGGCUAACUAUACAGUUAUCACAUAAUAUAUAUUAUAGUUAGAUAAACUCUUACUAUUUAAAAUAUAAAUAAUUGAAGAUACAAUAAAAUAGGGAUUGUUUUGGAAGCAAUAACGUUUUGUCUUUUAAAAUCUUUUAUGAAAUAAUAUUAUAAAUAUAGGCAUAGAAACAAAAUAAUCCAUUACAAUAAUAGCAGAGUUUAUAAGAUUGAAGUUUAUACUUGCAAUAUUAGUAAAAUAGAAUAACAUACCCUCUUGAACAAGUCAACCUUUCAGCCUUGGUAAGAUGGAGCAGCAUCUCUGCAUCUAAAAUCAUCUCCUCUGUCUUUCUAUUAUUAAAAAGUACACAUUUAUACC